GCCCGGCCCGGCCGUGAGGGACCCCGGGGACCGCGAGGGGCCCGCCGGGCCGGGCCACGGUAGCCAUGGAGUCGUGGGAGCUCCGCUUCGACACUCUGGAGGCCCUGCGCCUCUCCAGCAAGGGCCGGCUGAGCUACUGCAGCCGCUGGCAGGAGGAUGAGGCUGCCUUGGAAGGAUGUGUGGCUCCCGUUGAGCUCUCCUCUUACUGCGGCUGGGUGCUGGACAGCCUUGGUGGGCAGUUAGCCCAAGAAAUCACACCCUCCGGGACUUCAACGCCCCAGCAAUCCACUCCACUCCCGAAACGGGCAUCUGCGGAGAAGAUCCCGCCUGGCAGCCACCGCAGCUCCUCACCACCUUCAUCUACAGAGCCCAGUGAGACCAAGGAAAAUGAUCAUCUUAGUCUCCUGGAAAUAAAUCAAGAAGUUGUUCCAGCAGUUCUGUCAUCUAAAGUUGCAAAAGUCGAAGGCUGCAUCAGGAUGUAUGAAGAGAUGCACAGGCUGAAAGCAAAGGAGAGGCUCAGACAGCGGCAGGAGGAGCAGGAGCAGAUGGUGAGGGCAGCCUAUGCCCAGGCCAGCGAGCAGCUGAAGCGCUUUGAUGAGCUGAGGGAGCUGAAGCGGCAUCAGGAAUUCCAAGAGUUGCAAGAAGUAAUGGAGAAAAGCUCAAAGGAGGCUCAGGGGCAGCAAGAGAAGCUGAAGGAAGAGCACCGACAUAGAGCAAAGAUAUUGAACCUGAAAUUGCGUGAGGCAGAGCAGCAGAGGCAGCGCCAGGAAGAGCUGGAACGUUUGCGCAAGGAAGAGGGCCAGGAGAGACUGCGUCGCCUUUAUUCCAUCCAGGAGGAGCUGCUGCAGCUGAACCAGCAGAUUGAUCCCAACUACAGGCACAAAGACUUGCCCAGAAUUGAUCUGUCUGCGUACAGCAAUCGUGGCAACCAGAUCUGUGGACUGGUGUCAGGGCUCAUCCGCACCACGAGCGAGAGAGGGUUCCCCACUCAAGCAGAUGUGGCCAGCACGGAGCGAGCCCUGCAGGAGAUGCGAGGGUUGAUAUCCAGCAUGCAGCAGGAAAUCACUGCAGCUCUAGAAGAAAAAAAGAGGAAAGAUGAAGAGGAAAAGAAACAAAAGCAGAAAGAGUUAGAGAAAAAAGAGCAGAUGAAGAGUCAGACUCCUGCUCCUGCACAGCAGUCGGGGGGGAAGCAGCAGAAGGAAGGACUUCAAAUUAAAACAGAAGAAAGUAUCAUGCAGUGGUACCAGCAGCUUCAGGAUGCUGCUGAGCAAUGUGUUGCUGCUUUCAGUGAAAUUGGGAACUGCAAAGGCAACACUGAGGUGAAGAAGAUAAAAACAAACUUGCAGAAAGCAGCUACAAUCCCUGUAAGCCAGAUCUCUAGCAUAUCAGGCUCUAAGCUGAGAGAGGUGUUUGACAAGAUCAAUAAUCUGUUGUCUGGGAAGCCUGUGCAGACUGAAGGGCAAACGGUGUCCGUGACUCAGCAUCCACAGGGGCUGGAGUUCGUUUGUUACAAACUGGCAGAGAAGUUUGUGAAACAUGGGGAAGGAGAAGUAUCUUUUCACCAUGAUUCAGCUUUCCCAAUUGCUGUGGUGCUCUCAGGAAUCUGGGAAUUACACCCUCGAGUUGGAGACAUCUUUUUGGCUCAUCUGCACAGGAAGUGCCCAUAUUCUGUGCCAUUUUACCCUGCUCGGAAAGAAGGGACUUCUAUGGAAGAGUAUCAGAGGAUGCUUGGAUAUGAAAUUCAUGAUUCUAAAGUGGAAGAACAAGAUCAUUUUCUCAAAAGGAUGUCAGGAAUGAUUCGUCUUUAUGCUGCCAUCAUUCAGCUCCGGUGGCCUUAUGGAAACAAACAAGGGGCUCAUCCUCACGGUCUGAGCUAUGGAUGGCGCUGGCUUGCACAGAUGUUGAAUCUGGAGCCUCUGGCAGACGUGACAGCUAUGCUGCUUUUGGAUUUCCUGGAAGUGUGUGGCAAUGCUCUGAUGAAGCAGUAUGGGAUUCAGUUCUGGAAAACAAUGUUCUUUAUCCAGAAAUCCUAUAUCCCAAGAAUUGAAGCUGUGACCAGCUCUGGCCAGAUGGGCUGUUUGUCACGUUUGAAGAAUUUCGUGCAGAAAUGUCUACAGGCAGAGGAAAUUCCAUUACCAAAGGGCAUUCUGACACCUUCCUUUUGGAGAACAUAAAUCAGUCUGCAUUUCCUUUCCCCUUAACGUUUAUUUCAAGAAGAUUUAUUUGUUAGACUCAGAAGCUAAUUGUUGGAUUAGAUCUUUUUAUGUUUUUUUGCAUAAUAAAUUACUCAAACUUCAA